AUUCUUCAACUUAAAAACGGUAACUAAAUAAAUUUUGAAAAUAACAAAAAAUUUUAACUUACAAUAAACUAUUAUUAUUUUUGAUUAUUUUUGUUGCAUGGUGUACGGAUCGACAUGAAUACACCGCGCAAGAGUCAGUUGCCGGAGCAUGAGCCCAACACAGGAGCCCAGCAAAUCGCAGAUACAGAUAUUCUAAAGAACCUUGAUGCGGAGCAGAUGUGCAUCUCAAUCUUAGAGGCGGCACUGAAGCAAAUAUGUCAAUUGAAGCAGCGAUCGGCCGACCUACUGGUGGAUGCGAAGAAGAUUUGCUUGAACCAGAUGAACAGCAUGCAGACGCUGCGGGAGGAAAACACACGUCUGGAGCAGACCAAUAUCCGGCUGGAGGGAAAGCUACAGCAGGCCGUCGCACAGUUGGAGGAACAUCGUGUACAGAGUCAACAGCUCACGGACAAACUUAGCCGAGGCGCAGAUCAGCUGGACAGAAAACAGGCUGAAUUAGAGAAUAUGACUGAGCGAUACAACGCCCUGCAGUCGGAUUUUAGAGCCAUGCAACUGGAAAACGAUGUCAAGAUAAAUGAGCUGCAGGGGUGUCUCGCCUUGGCCGACCAUCCUGAGCCAGAGAAUAUUCCCCAGCAGUUCAUUAAGGAGUUGGAGGCCAAGAUCGCAUUGUUUGAGCACACCUUUGCCCUCCUGAGGAAACAUGCCGAUCAGAUUCAAGCUGAGCUGAAUUCGAUGGGUCCUCUCUUGCAGAUAAAUCAAACUUGCUCGGGACCUCAGGGUUGCAGCACUCCCCUCUGUAUCGUCGAAUGCCUAGGUGACAUUAUAUCUAACCCAAUACAGAUGAAUACAGAUAAAAUUAUCAAGCUGCAAAACCUGCUGGAAGAGCGCGACAGGAAUCUGCACCUGCUUCAGGAGAAGAAAACGCGUUUAGAUAGUUGUAUCUUGUGUAUGCAAAAGGAACUGGGAGAGCUGCAACAAAAUGGCAAAUAUUAUUCGAGACUUCGGGAGAGACUAAUGGCUAUUAUAGCAGAGCGGGAUGCUCUAAUAGAGCACCGUCAGGAGAGCGACAAUCACCUCAAAAAGAUGCAAGUUGAAGAGCUGAGACAGAGGCAUGACAAUGAAAAUCUCAAACAGGAAUGUGAUCAGCUGAUGGAGGAUAACUUGAAUUUGGCAGCGAAGGGGGACGCAGCAAUGGAACUUCAUCGUGAAGCAAAAACGGAGAUGUAUCGACUCUCACGUCAUUGUGAAGUUCUCAUCAAUGAGCUAAGCAAGCUACGCGACGUUGCCCGAGAGCUCGAGGAGCAGCGCGAACAACACACCAAUCUCGAGCGAAGCAUGCAAAUCGUCAAAACCAAUGCAGAGCAGCUGGCCAAAAAGCUGAAGACAGAGAAGGACAGUCAUCGGAAAGAGCUGCAGGACUUGGAGGAACAAAUUGGUCGAGAGAAGGGCGAAAAGGCUCCGGCGGCGAAUUGUAGCAAAUGUCUGAAUGGAAAACUGAAUGAUAUUAGAAACGCUGAGAUUCAAAUCAUGGAGCUCCAGCGUGUCAGUGGUAGUACUGAGCUGCCAUCGACUUCGACUGGGAUCACCCACGAGCACACCGAGCAGAUAGAGCGGCGCUGUGGCGAUCAAAUGAUGAAUUCUUCUUCGCAUAUGGGAAAGGCAGAGGACAAGUAUCAAUGCCUGCUUCGCAGCUAUUUUGGGGUUCGCGACGAGCUGGAGCAGCGUCUGAACGAGGUCGAUUGUCUAAAGAAAACUAUUAUGGAGGAGCGUGCGAAAACCGCGAAUAUUUUGAACGCCCAGAAAUCCGAACUAAUCAAAAAGCUGGGGAAAUGCUGCGAAAACGAGCGACUCGUAUUGGAGCUCAAGCACGGCAUUGAAAAAACAUUUUCCUAGUUGCGCUGAAUGACCAUCAGAAAGUAAUGCAGGCCUUCGAGCAAGGCUACCAAGCAGUACAGUGGUACACACUGGUAGGUGCCAAUACGAUGGCAUACGAUGAUUUUAUCUAACUUUCGUUUUGGUUUCUUAUACUUUAAUAAAAACUAAAAACUACAAAAUAA